GACGGUGGAGAGGAAAAACACGAGCCCACGGCUGGAAAGUGCUGAGGAAAAGUGGAUAACAUUUGUCGGUUGAAGACUUGAACCCCACGGGCUGUGGGAGGGGGUGGUCCGUGGGUGCAUCCGUAGAAACAGCCCGAGUGUAACCCCGGAGCUGUUGGGGAUGUGCGGAUCACUCCAGCCCACCUGGAUCUGGAUCGGAGCUGUAACCGGAGCCUGAUGCGCACCGUCCACGGGGCUUUCGCACAUUGAAACAGUGUCUCCUGAGUGGAUCCGAGGCGCGGACACGGCACAGGAGUAGUUUUCCACACUGUUGGGUUUGUUUGACUCGCUUUCCAGACGGGGACUGCGUGGAAGGCGGGGCCGAACCGGCGGACUCCCAAACUGGAUUACUGAGCUCCCCCUGUGCCGAUUCACCCAAAGCGACGCAGCGAUUUUUUUAGAGGGGGGGGCGGGGGGUCGACGAAAGAGGCAACAACUGGGAUUGAGCCCCUCUUCUUUGAAACUCUUCCCCCCACUACUACCCUUCUGCUGUUGCACAACAACAACAAGAAGUGUGUGGCAUUUCAUUUGUCAGUCGGUCAGCUGCGCGUGGCCUUCGCGUCUCCAGUUACGAGCGUAAUAGAAUCGGGUUUGGGACGCAUAUUUUUGGGGAUAAAUUCCCCCCUCAGCCGGGGUUUGGACUAUGGCGGACGACGACAUUCUCUUUGAAGAUGUGUACGAGCUCUGCGAGGUCAUUGGCAAGGGCCCCUUCAGCGUGGUGAGGAGAUGCAUCAACCGAGAGACAGGACAGCAGUUUGCUGUCAAAAUUGUGGAUGUGGCCCAGUUCACCUCCAGUCCUGGACUCAGCACAGAGGAUCUGAAGCGGGAGGCCAGUAUCUGUCACAUGCUGAAACACCCUCACAUCGUGGAGCUACUGGAGACCUACAGCUCAGAUGGGAUGCUCUACAUGGUUUUCGAGUUUAUGGAUGGAGCAGACCUGUGCUUCGAGAUUGUAAAGAGGGCAGAUGCAGGAUUUGUCUACAGCGAAGCAGUGGCCAGUCACUACAUGCGACAGAUCCUCGAGGCACUUCGAUAUUGCCACGAUAACAAUGUCAUCCACCGAGACGUCAAGCCUCACUGUGUGCUGCUGGCGUCCAAGGAGAACUCGGCUCCGGUAAAGUUAGGCGGCUUCGGAGUAGCCAUCCAGCUCGGAGAGUCAGGACUGGUUGCAGGAGGUCGGGUGGGAACUCCACAUUUCAUGGCCCCAGAGGUGGUGAAGAGGGAGCCUUAUGGAAAGCCUGUGGACGUGUGGGGCUGCGGAGUCAUCCUCUUCAUCCUCCUCUCGGGGUGUCUGCCUUUCUACGGCACCAAGGAGCGGCUCUUUGAAGCCAUCUGCAAAGGCAAAUACAAGAUGAAUCCACGCCAAUGGGGCCACAUCUCCGAGAGCGCCAAGGAUCUGGUGAGACGCAUGCUGAUGCUGGACCCCGCUGAGAGGAUCACCGUCUACGAGGCCCUGAACCACCCUUGGCUGAAGGAAAGGGACCGGUAUGCCUACAAAAUCCACCUGCCAGAGACUGUGGAGCAACUGAGAAAGUUCAACGCCAGAAGGAAGCUCAAGGGAGCUGUGCUGGCUGCAGUGUCCAGUCAUAAGUUUAAUUCCUUUUAUGGAGACCCCCCUGAGGAGCUCCAUGACUUCUCUGAUGACCCCACUUCCUCAGGACUACUGGCAGCAGAACGGGCUGUGUCUCAGGUCUUGGACAGUUUAGAGGAGAUCCAUGCUUUGACAGACUGCAGUGAAAAGGAUCUAGAUUUCCUCCACAGUGUUUUCCAAGACCAGCAUCUACACACACUGCUUGAUCUCUACGAUAAGAUCAACACCAAGUCGUCCCCACAGAUCAGAAACCCGCCCAGUGAUGCUGUGCAGAGAGCCAAAGAGAGUUCCUCCCGAGACGAAGCAAGUGGCGCUUUGAAACAUCUGGAAUAUGUACUGGAAGAGAUCUCCUGCUACCCAGAGAACCACGAAGCAAAGGAACUCAGACGGAUACUGACGCAGCCACAUUUCAUGGCUUUGUUGCAGGCGCACGACGUGGUCGCCCACGAGGUUUACAGCGACGAGGCCCUGAGGGUAACCCCGCCCCCCACCUCACCGUACCUGAACGGAGACUCCCCAGAAAGCACCAACGGAGACAUGGACCUGGAGAACGUCACCAGAGUCCGCCUGGUCCAGUUCCAGAAGAACACAGAUGAGCCCAUGGGUAUCACAUUGAAGAUGAACGACUCAAACCACUGCAUUGUGGCGCGGAUAAUGCACGGGGGAAUGAUCCACAGACAAGGAACGUUGCACGUAGGAGAUGAGAUCAGGGAGAUCAACAGCAUCAGUGUGGCCAAUCAGACUGUUGAGCAGCUGCAAAAGAUGCUGAGGGAGAUGCGAGGCAGUAUCACCUUUAAAAUAGUGCCAAGUUACAGAUCACAGGGUUCGUCGUGUGAGAAAGAGUCCCCCACCACCUCCAGGCAGUCCCCUGCCAAUGGUCACUCCAGCAUUAACAGUUCUAUCUUGGACCUGCCGUCUACCAUUCAGCCCAAGGGUCGACAGAUUGUAUCCAGACCUCCAAUCAAGGACAAAAUGUCUGUCAAGAUUUACGUGAGGGCUCAGUUCGAGUACGACCCCUCCAAAGAUGAACUCAUCCCCUGCAAAGAGGCCGGCAUCCGCUUCCGGGUGGGCGACAUCAUCCAGAUCAUCUCCAAGGAUGACCACAACUGGUGGCAGGGCAAACUGGAGAACACGAAGAACGGAACGGCGGGCCUCAUACCGUCACCAGAGCUGCAGGAGUGGCGUGUGGCAUGUAUAGCCAUGGAAAAGACCAAGCAGGAGCAGCAGGCCAGCUGCACCUGGUUUGGCAAGAAGAAGAAGCAGUACAAAGACAAGUAUUUGGCAAAGCACAACGCAGUGUUCGAUCAACUAGAUCUCGUCACAUAUGAAGAAGUGGUGAAGCUUCCUGCGUUCAAGAGGAAAACACUAGUUUUGUUAGGUGCUCAUGGUGUGGGCAGAAGACACAUCAAGAACACACUCAUAACCAAACACCCCGACAGAUUCGCCUACCCUAUCCCACACACAACCAGACCUCCAAAGAAGGACGAGGAGAAUGGAAAGAACUACUACUUUGUUUCUCACGACCAGAUGAUGCAGGACAUCAGUAACAACGAGUACCUGGAGUAUGGCAGCCACGAGGACGCCAUGUAUGGGACACGGCUGGAGACGAUCCGGAAGAUUCACCAGCAGGGACUGAUCUCCAUACUGGACGUGGAGCCUCAGGCCCUGAAGGUCCUGCGGACUGCAGAGUUCGCCCCAUACGUCGUGUUUAUUGCUGCGCCAACUAUCACACCAGGCAUCAAUGAGACGCCCAGGUGGUGUCGGACUCUGCCAGACGAGUCCCUCCAGCGGCUGCAGAAGGAGUCGGAGAUCCUGCAGAAAACCUACGCCCACUACUUUGACCAGACCAUCAUCAACAACGAAAUAGACGAGACCAUCAGGCACCUGGAGGAGGCCAUCGACCUGGUGUGCACAACCAGUCAGUGGGUGCCGGUGUCCUGGGUCUACUGACCCCCGCCCCACCAACCCCCUCCUGCUCCCAUCCCAUCGCCCAUCCUCUUCCUCCCUUAACUCUCUGCCCUCCUUUUCCCCAGCAAUGACAACAUCUUGUCCCAUCAUCUUCCUCUAAAAGAAGAAUAAAGAAAUUAACAACAAUUAACAGAACUGAUGGGGAGACUCUCUCUACACUGCACUUGAUGGAAAACACUCAGCGUACUGUGAAAAUAACCACAGCAUUCAACUGAAAUCCUCUCAAACGCUGCAAAAAAAAUAAGAAAAAAAAAAAAAAACACCUGCAGCCAGUCGGACUCUUGCCCUUACAGACGACCUAGUCAUAGUGUUGUAUAAAACAAAGUAAACAAAAUGAAUAUUGUCAUGUCUGUACUAGCUAGGAGGCAACAUUUUUGUAGAUGUUUGUUUUAAAGAGACAGUACUGUGCCCCAUCCUCCCAUGUUGCUGCACUGUUAGCUCUCCAUAUGACCACUCCCAUCACAUUAUUGGGUCUUGUUAUACUAAAACCAUCCGUUAAAAGACACUGUCGGUGGGUAUCCCGAAGUAAAAGCACACAAACACACUGCGUUGUCUCUCAUCUACACAUUUGCACCAGCCCUCCUCAUUAUUUAUGCAUUCCAAGCAGUAACACACCCUCCCGUUCACCCCUCGGUACAGUAAUAGCAUCAUAAUGCACCUUUCUACCAACCAGGUACUGUCUCUUCUAAAUAAAUCCAUACAUUUUGUAGAGAUCUGAAUGAGGUUAUCAUGCAUGUGGACAUUUGCAAGCUUCCAUGCUGUCAGUCAGUGUUCCCCCGUGUCCCUCUGUAAACCUCCGAGAAAGAAAAGCAGAAAAACAUUUUUAAACAUUCCAGCUGUUUGGAAGACUGAACUCAAGCCAAGGGACGCAAGACGGGGCAAGAUAAAAAAUAAAAAUAAAAACAAACAGCGACGGAGCCAGGCGUUGACUUGACACCUAUGCACAUCCCUUGCAUUUUGGGUGACAUUUCUAAACCACAGAUUUAUAAAGAUCGACCAUGUAGUGAGAUGUGUUUGUAAGAAAAAAAAAUAAAUCAAAUAAAAGUCUUGUUUAAUUUUUUUUUUUUUUUUUGUCAUAAAAGAUGAAGUUCAGGGGGAAGAAUGUCACCUUAUUCCUCAUUCUGCCAUUUCAGAAAUGUGAUGUCUAGGAGUAGUAGUGUUCCAAUCAAGUCUAAAAUCAAAGAGAGAUGACAUGCUGAUUUUUAUUCUGCAACUGUGUAAGUGUCUGCAAAAGGAUGUGUACGCCAUCCAGUCUGCGAGGGAAGAGGAGGCAGUGUGUGCAUCUGGAUCACAAUGUAUAUGAAUAUGACAUACAACUGCCCUUGUGUAAAUGACUCUGCAAUGAUAAAAGUUCUUCAGUAUGAACAAUUUUUUUAAAUAUAUUUCCUUUUAUGUGUUGGAAAAAUGAA